ACUCAGAAUCAAAUAGUUAUCGAAUUCGUUAUACUUAUCAAUGACUUCAGAAAAAACGAAAAAACACCACAGUGGAUGUUUUGGUAGGAAAAAACGAAAAAAAAUUGUCUCCGAUCUGUGCCCUAUAGAACAUGUAAGAUUUUUUCAAUUCAUGUUUUUUCAAUUAAUUCUAUGUUUUAACAACGAUUGGUGAUUCUGAGUACUUAUUUGUUGUCAAUUACCUAUACAUUAUGAAUAAGAAACAGAAGAAGAAAGAAUUAGCAUAUGCGGUAUGUUUUUUGUAUUUGAAUACUUUCAUCCGAUUCCAUUCCAUUAUGUCUGAAAUAGAUUUUUUUGGCUUUUACCUGCAUCUUUUCUUUAUUUGAUUUCCCAUUUCUUCAAUGAGCUUUUGGCAUACCUACCCCUUGUGAUAUUCAAUACUUAGGAUACACAAAUAAGUUUAGAACUCCUUUUUCAAGUCACUUAUUCAAUAUGCCAUCACUUUGAGUUGCAUGUUCCCGUUUCCUUAAUCUUAUGACUUGUCUAUCUCAUUCAUAAAUUACUGAUGUGGUAGCUGUUUUAGUGUCAAAUGAAUUUUGCAGCAAAUUUGAUUGAAAUUUUGAAACAGUCAAAUAUUUUGAUUCUCUUCUGUGUACUGGACACCUUCACAAAAUAAGAAUACUCAAUCCUCCCUCUUAAUUUAAAGUUUGAAUUUGGAAUAUCUCUGAUGCUAAUGCUCUUUUCUGCCAUCUGAAAAACCACCCUCGUUAUUUUCUCCUUCAACUGUGAUAUCUUUUGUUUUUCGUCCUCUUGAUUGAAAAUUUUCUUUGAGCAUUUAUUUAUAUUCGACUCGUUGAAAAGUAGGUUUGUAAGCAUGGAUGGCAGAUGAGUACAAUUUUUUUGUGAGGAAGGCAUUUUUGUUUCCCUCAGAAUAUAUUUUUACGAGAUAUGAACUGAAAUAAAUAAUUUACCCAAAAAGUCAUUUGAUGAGCCUUUCCAAACCAUUUACUAGUCAAAUGCUGUGAGCGAAAUAGGCUUUUGUGGGCAACCCUAUACACUAAAAAAAACGUAAAUAUAAUGUUCACUUUCCAUUUCAACUUUUGAAUGAGAAAAUCAUAAUAUAGACGAUGUUAAUAAAUAGGUAUAUGACUCAAUGUAGUGAGUCACCUCUAUUCGAAUGUUUUAUUUACUUCAGAUUGAGGUCUUUGUUCUUUUUCCAUCGAAAAAAACGAUAAUUGAGAUUAUUUUAAGAAAGGAACAAAAUAAUUGGAUGCAUUUGGAACAGCGAAAUAUAUUCCAGAAUCUAAAAUGUUGAGAGUUUUGAGGAGCAAUCCAGGCAUUUUUCAAUAUUUUCAGAAUAUUUUAACAUAAACUGUUCAAAUAGACUCUUCUAGUUGAAGAAUUGAAUUGAGACAUUUAUAUUAGAGAAAGAAAAACAGUCUCAAGGUGAAUUUCAUAAUGUCUGUAGAUAAAUUCUUGCAGCAUAUAAAUUUCAGUAUAGAGAUAAAUAAACUGAUAAAAUUAAAGUUGCGUUAAACUAUAUAUGUCAGUGAUGUUAUUUCUUUAUCAAAACAAUAAUACUUUCCAAAUAAAUUAAGAUGUUCGACACGCACAGAAUAUGAGACCAUACCUAUAUUAAAUUCCUCAUUGAUUACGUGAUAUUCCACAUACACAAGUGACUCACACUUCAUUAUCUACAAAAUAAAUUCAACAAAAUAGGUAGUAAUUGAGUAACUCGGUACAAGUCAACCAGUUACCUUUAAAUUCGGAGCGAAAAGGGUUGCGUGUUACGCCGCUGGGAUGUCCUCGUAAUAGUACAGUGCAUGUGAGAACGGUGGUGAUAAGGGAAGAAUGGGUAGAGGUCUGUUCCAGAGCUGCUUUCAGUGUUGCAGUUAUCUUGAAGUUGAAGGAGACAAAGACAAACCCCUCAGGAGGUCAAUAUCUGGACUGAACAUAACUAGAAUUGAAAGCCUACCAAACAGAUUAAGCAGAGGGAGAGUACUGUGUAUAAUCGCAUCCACCACACCAAAUUGUCAAAGAUGGGCCAUCAACCUCUUGUGUGGAAGUACCCACGAUUCCGAUAUAGCUUUCCACUUCAAUCCACGUCUUCUUCAGCACACUGUGGUGAGAAAUGCUCGAAUAAAAGGUCAAUGGGGACAAGAAGAGUUGCUUACAACGGGAGGAUAUCAAAUGAAACAUGGGGAGGAAUUUAAUCUCAAAAUUCAUGUGGCUGAUAAUCAGUUCUUUGUUUCUUACAAUGGUCAUCACAUUUGCAGUUUUGCAUUCCGUAUACCUACUAGUACCAUCACACACGUCGAGAUUUGUGGCAUGAUAGAUUUGUAUAAGAUCGAAAUGGAGGAUUUUCAGUCUUAUCCUGCAAAUGGGGAUGAUUUGCAUGUUGCCGAAGUAAUCCAUAGGCAUCAUGAUAAUUCAAAUGAUAAAAUUAUGAAAACACCAAUAAGAUCAAAAUUGCCUGAUGGUUUUCAAGAAGAUUGGCAAAUUGAAAUUUUAGGAAUACCAAAAAUUCUGCCGCAGUCCUUUUCAGUAAGCUUGAGGAAUGAGAAUUAUUUAUGGCCUUUAUGUACUAUUCCAUUGAAGUUAACUGCAAAUUUUGGCAACAAUAUAUUGGUGAGGAAUGCCUUUAUCGAUAAUAAAUGGGGUAUGGAGGAGCGAGCUGGAGGUUUCAAGUUUCUCCCUUUCACCCCCUUCUCGCUGUGGAUAAGGCGGAGUUCUAGGAAAUUCAGUAUUUGGGUGAACGAAAAGUUGCAGGCCGAAUUUGCUUGUAGAGGUGAGACGGAAGGAGUGAAAGCGGUCCAUAUAGAAGGAGAUGUUAUUAUAAGUGGAAUCUACGUCAAUAAGAAUCCUGAGAUGUAUUUUUGAAGUUAUAUGUGGUUGUUUAAUGUGUCGUUUAAUAUUUUUUAUUUUUGUUAUGGAUAUUUUCUUAUGAUCGUAUAUAAAGUUUAAUCGAUUCACUAAUAAAGUAUACUUUUUACUCAUUAA